GCUACACAUGGAUAGAGAUGUGAGGGAAUACGUUCGUCAUUGUCAGCGUUGUAUAGUGAGCAAGAUGGCCGAGCCUGCAGGAAGAGCUCCUCUUGAGAGUAUUGUUACCUCCCGACCACUGCAACUUGUUUGUAUUGAUUUUUGGUCAGCUGAGGAUUCGCGCAACAGAUCUGUGGAUGUUUUAGUAAUGACCGACCAUUUUACCAGACUGGCUCAGGCCUUUGCCUGCAGAGAUCAAUCAGCCAAGCAAGUGGCGAGAGUCCUCUUGGAGAAGUAUUUCUGCGUCUAUGGAUUCCCUGAGAGGAUUCACAGUGACCAGGGUCCAAGUUUUGAGAGCGAGUUGAUUGCUGAACUUCUGCAGCUAUCUGGUGUGCGAAAGUCCCAUACUACCCCAUACCACCCGAUGGGAAAUGGCAGUGUUGAGCGUUUUAAUAGAACGCUGGGCAAUAUGAUCAGAGCUCUUCCCUCAGAGUCAAAGCAAGACUGGCCUAGACGCUUACAAACUCUCACAUUCAUGUACAAUUGCACUUCCCAUGAAACAACAGGUUAUGCACCAUUUUAUCUGAUGUUUGGAAGGGUUCCCCGUCUACCCGUGGAUAUCCUGUUUGGAAAUAUCUUGACUGACCCUGAUGUAACUGACUUUGGCAGAUAUGUCACAAAGCUGUCUGAGGAUCUUAAGGAAGCCAUGUUGAUUGCUCAAGACCAUGUGAGAAAGGAACAGAACAGGCAGACCAGACUAUAUAACAGGAAGGCGAAUGGACCGAUGAUUGAAAUUGGAGACAGAGUGCUUGUGGCUAAUAAGAAAGAGAGAGGAAAGAGAAAAGUUGCUGACCGAUGGGAGUCUAUUGUUUACACUGUGACUGAGAAGAAUCCUCAAACUCACACAUAUAAGAUACAGGAUACUGUUACAGGGCGUGAGCGGAUUGUCCAUCGUAAUUUACUCAUGUUGGUGAAUUUUCUUCCUAUUCAAGAUAUGCCACGAUCCUCGCAGUCCGCCCACUCAAUGUCCUCUGUUGCGUCCUCUGUCCAUUCCAUGGCUUCGGGUCAAGCUACAUCCGACGACACUCAGAAUCAAGUGUCUGUUCAGCUGGAUCAGUCCCAGAGUGCAACAGAUGAUGUCCUUGUGAGCGUCCCUGAACUUGAAAACUACUCCGAUAUCCUGCCUGUGUCUGGAGAGAGAACCAGAGAAUGGGUCAGUCACCUGGACACUCCAAGUCAACAGUCUCCUGAAGGAAGUGCCAGGGAGUCAUCUGUUGAAGUUACUGACAAUGUGCUGACUGAUAAGGUCCCAGACUCGGACUCUGAGCAUUCUCAUGCCUCACACACUGAUGACAUUGUUGCUAGGGAUGACGCUUCGGCCAUUAGCGACCAUCACACAGUUUUGUCAGUAGUUACUUCUGGUUCUGUAGGUGACAUUGCACACACUGUUGCACACACUGAUCAACCUGAUUCUGCACCACAUCGCACUACACGUCUGGGUCGUGUUGUUCGGCCGGUUAACAGGCUUCUUUAUACUAUAUCUAGACAAGAUAUCACUAAACGGUUGCAGCAGAAUGUUCAGACUGUCUGCAGCUCUGUUGUUCAGGCCCUUAGGGCAUAAGUCUUCUGCUUUUUUUAUGUGUCUUAGUAUAGUAUUGACAUUUAUACCUGAUGAUGUAUGUAUUGAUUGUUUUGGGCAAGUGUAGAAUGUGUAAGGCAUUCUGCUUCCGGUAGUUGGUUGGAGAGUUUGGCACUGCUCUCUGUCCGCUGCAUCCUUAAGGGAUACCUUUUGUAUGGUCGGGCUUGAAAUGUGUAGUCCCUUGACAUUUGAUGAGUUUUGGGUGUAGUGUUGAGGAAGGUGUGUAAUUUUGUCCAGAAUUCAGUGGGGGUGGGUGUAACAGAGUUGAAUAUAACCUAAUAUAAUUCUCUCAAAAUUACGAUACUACUAUGUUAUUGCAUUUUCUAUUUUUAUAUACACUGGUUUUUCAUAUGCUGAAAAAGGUUUCUAUAUGUUGUACCCAUUCACACGAGUUUAACGAUGAGGCAUUGCGGCCGCAAUUGUAUUUCCACUCUACUCUGCAUUUCAAUGUUUUGAACACUUGCGCUUCCCGUACUCCAGUCAGAACUUUAGUCUGCUGGAGGUAAGCUGUGCAUGGAGAGUGCUCCGUGAAUAAUUUUGUGUUUUAAUAAAAUAGCAUGUCUGUCUUUCAUACUGGUUAGCUAAUAAGUAUUUGCAUAAGUUGCAUUAACAGAUAUCUUUGCAAGUGAAGCUAGAAUGUUGUAUUUAGACUGUAUUUAAUCAAGCUAUUGUAUGCUACAUCUUUUUGGCGGCAGCCACGUUAUGUUGACUAGCUCUGGAGAAAACACUAGCAAUCUCUUGACUUCUUUUUACGUUUAUACUGUAGAUUUGGAUGUACGGUCGCAACUCAUCUGAAAUCAAUGGAUUUAUUGUUUUAUGUGUGAAUGCAGGUACGUUGGUUAUAUUGUUAUUGAAUCAAUGUUUGUUGUGUGGUGAGUCGAUGUUGUAUAGAAAACCAAGAAACUAUACGAUCACUAGGUGCAAAAUGCCCUCUCUGUAUGUCAUUUUACUUUGCAAGCAUUUAUGUUAGUUUAAAGUUGAACAGGCUAUGUAUUCUUGUGUCUGCAUGCAAGAAUAACAUAGGUAAUGCUGCCAGUCAGAACUUUAGUCUGCUGGAGAUUUGGAUGUACGGUCGCAACUCAUCUGAAAUCAAUGGAUUUAUUGUUUUAUGUGUGAAUGCAGUGAGGGAAAUAAAGACACCAAGAAGAA